AUGGCAGAAAAGACAAUUUCAGUCCCAGAUGUCAUUGAAAUAUUGUGUAUUCCAAGUGGCACAGUUUCAGACGAUGAAGCAGAUGAAAGUAGUGAUAUUGAAUUUGAAGAUGCUGAUCUUAACGAAAAAAAUUGUUAUGUGACCAGCAAUGAUGCAGAUGAUGUUGAGCCCUCAGAAAUCAGUCAUGCCCAAGGUUUUUUAACUGUUGAAAUCCAUACCAACAGCGAAGAGGACGAUAAUGAAGAGCCUAGAUCAGAUGUGACCCAGUCGUAUCUUAGCCCUACUGCAGCAAACUUUAUCUGGAGAAAAAAAAAACCAGAUUCUGCUGAUGUUGAUUCAAUCUUUAGAGGGCCAGAGUUUUCUGCUGCCCCUGAGUUUUUGCCAACUCCAUAUUGGUACUUCAAUCAAUUCAUGGACCAAUCCGUAUUCAAAAUAAUUGCUGAACAAACCAAUAUAUACGCACACCAGAAAAAUGGAAUAAAACUGGAAACAAAUGUUGCAGAAAUAGAGCAAUUUAUAGGCAUACAUAUGCUGAUGACAGUGGUGAAGAUGCCAUCUUACAGAAUGUACUGGGCGAAGGCAACUCGUUCUGAACCAAUUGCUUUGGCAAUGGGCCGAAAAAGAUUUGACAAGCUGAGAAAUUACAUUCAUAUGGUUGAUAACACCAACCUCAAGCAGAAAGGCGACCCAGAUUAUGAUCCAUUAUUCAAAGUUAGACCUGUACUCGAAAAGGUGCGUAAAAAUUGCCUCAAAAUUGAGCCCGAGGAAAAACAGUCCGUGGAUGAACAAAUGAUCCCUUUCAAGGGAAGGAUCGGCAUGAAACAAUACAUCAAAAAUAAACCACACAAAUGGGGCAUCAAAGUGUUCACAAGGGCUGGGGUAUCUGGCCUAGUUUAUGAUUUCGAGAUUUACACUGGCAAAGAAACAGUAGAGAAUAGCCGUGGAAUUGGUGUCGGUGGAGAAAUUGUCCUGCGCCUAGUAAGAGAAAUGCCAAGGGGUUUGAAUUACAAGUGCUACUUUGACAACUGGUUCACCUCGCUUGAGCUCAUAGCAGAACUGAAGCAAAUGGGAAUACUUGCAGUAGGCACCAUUGGCAAAAACCGUUUACGCAAUUGCAAAGUCAAAGACGACAAGGAACUUGGUAAGGCAGGGCGUGGAUCUUACGAGAUAUUGUAUGAAACAACUACUGGUCUGCGUGUUGUGAAAUGGUAUGACAAUAAAGCUGUUUUGCUGGCGUCUUCUUAUGCAGGGGUAGAGCCCGUUGAUAAAUGUGAACGAUGGUCAAAGGUAAAGAAGGAAUAUAUACAGGUGGACAGGCCCAACAUUGUGAAAAUCUACAACCAGCAUAUGGGGGGAGUCGAUUUGUCCGACAUGCUCAUGUGUCUGUAUCGCAUCACCAUUCGACCAAAGCGUUGGUAUCUACGCAUCUUGUAUUAUUUGAUCGAUCUUUCAGUUACAAAUGCUUGGUUGCUGUACAGGCGACACGUAGCACAGAAAAACAUGCAGCACACGCCAUUGCUUGAUUUCCGUUCUGAAGUUGCAGAUUGCCUUAUCAGAAUGGGAAAAAGUGCUAAUAUGAAUAGUAGAAAGAGGGGAAGGCCUUCAAAUGAUGAAGGUGAUCAUAGUUACCAUCGAAGCUCUCCACGGCAGAUUGUCAUUGCUCCACCCAGAGAUGUGAGGCAUGACAGAUUUGAUCACUUUUCAGUGUAUUCUGAAAGACGCGGUCGAUGUCGAAAACUUGGGAUCACAUUCACCAUGUGUAUGAAAUGCCGCGUGUUGCUUUGCUACACAAGAGGAAAAAAUUGCUUUCUGAUUUUUCACACUCUGGCAUGA